AUGUCGUUAACCUAUAUUGGGAUGGAUGAAUUGGCUUAUAUCAUAGUCAACGGGCCUCUGGCUAUUCUCAACAUAUUAGCCAACUUGUUUUUUGCUUUUUGCCUCAUCUGUCCACCGCGAGGCAGAGAGGGACUCAAACAGCCUGUGAAGUUACUCCUGGGAUUCUUGGUUUUCUGCACCACACUUUUCCUGGUCUCUCUUAUCACGGUGGAAUGCGUGUGGCUACUCACUUACAGCGAAGAGAUCCAGUAUGUUGAUAUGUUAGUGUUGUUCACUGCAUUUACCAGCAUGUCAACCUCUGUUUGGCUGAAUUUCUUCUACUACACCCAGAUCGUCCCAGCCCAGCGAGCUCUCUUCAUCUGGGUGAAGAGGAACAUCAAAAUCAUAAUUUACUGGGGCCUGUUUGUCGACAGAGUUUUCUUUCUGUUUGACUUGGCUGUUAGUACAUCAAUAGUUUAUUGUCUCAAAAAUGUUGAGGGAAACGAUAACAUCACUUACACAUCAACAAAUGACACUGUUUCUGGCUCUACAGAUGGACUGUAUUACACUGAACUGGUGUGUUUCUAUUCCAAAAUGAUCUACAUGUUUUUUUGUCUGUGUUUGAUGGUGGGGUCGAGCUGGGUCACAGUGUGCUACCUGCGUAGACACAUGAAGAGUAUGAAAGAGAGCGGCAGCCCCUUCUCCUCUCCCCGCCUGCACAGUCAGAUGAGGGUCACCAUCACUGGGAUCCUGCAGGGAAUUCUCUACUUCCUUUGUGCGCUGUGGAUCUUCAUUUCUUUCUUCAGCAUCAAUUUCUCUGUAGUCUUCAACUAUACUUUUUUCAACACUGUCAUCUCUCUCUACAUGUUUGGCACCACUGUUAACCUUGGUAUCGGUCAGUCUGUUUUCAGACAAAGGGCAGCUGAUAUUUGGCUCAAAGCUCAACAGGCUGUAAGGUCAUUGAAGUUGUGUGGAUGA